CCGAUGCCGGCGUCCGCACGCGCACAACUCGCUCUCUUUCUUCCUUCUCCGCGCUGUGGACGACGACGAAGGCCCUUAUCGACGCCGAGCUCUCAAUUUGUUUUGACCUGAAGCAACCAUGGGCGCGUUACAAUCCCACUUCACGCAGAUGUUCCCGCCGAAGCCGACGUGGCGCGUGAACGACAUCCCGGACUUGACCGGCAAGGUGUACAUCGUCACCGGAGGCAAUUCUGGUAUCGGGAAGGAGACGGUCAAGGCUCUCCUCGAACACAAUGCAAAGGUCUACCUCGCAGCCAGAGAUCAGACCAAAGCCGAGGAAGCCAUCAAUGAACUGAAACAAGCUACUGGCAAAGAGGCCAUCUUCCUGAAGCUCGACCUCGGCGACUUGCACAGCGUGAAGCAGGCAGCUGAGGAGUUUAUUAGUAAGGAGAAGGAGCUUCAUGUAUUGAUCAACAGCGCUGGUGUCAUGGCCCCUCCGGUCGACAUGGUGACCAGCCAAGGUUACGACCUACAGUUCGGAACCAACGUCCUGGGUCACUUCUACUUUACUAAGCUCCUUCUCCCCGUUUUGCUCUCGACCACUAAGUCCACUCCGGAGGGCAAAGUCCGCGUCGUCAACACAUCCUCCUCCGCGCACUAUCACCCGUUCGGCCCCCCUCUAGACUUUGCCACCUUCAAGGACGGGCCCGCGCGUCGCAAGGUUCACAAGACCAAGUUGUACGCUCAGAGCAAAUUCGGCAACAUUGUCUUCGCGAACGAGUUGCAGAAGAGGUACGGGGACCAGGGUAUCGUCUCCACCUCUGUCAACCCUGGUAACUUGAAGACCAACAUCGCUCGUUACAAUGGACCUAUUUUCAGUGCCCUCAUUCAACCAUUCUUAUAUCCCGCCCCAUACGGCGCGCUCACCCAGCUGUGGGCUGGCACCUCGCCGGAGGGUCUCGAGCUCGGUGGAAAGUAUUUGAUGCCGUGGGCUCGCGUCGGCGUGCCGUAUGCGCCGACGAACGACCCGGCGCUGGGACGUGAUUUGUGGGCGUGGUUGGAGGAGCAGCUCAAGGACCUCUGAUUUGGUCGAGAUUGGACUUCGGACUGGUCGUCUCCCGAGCUGGGUCCGCGCGUUCCGGCCUACGAUGCUUCCUUGUUGGUCGUGUUUGGACUUGCUGGAGAUGCAGUGAACGUUCUGACUGCGGGGAUUCGAGAAGCUCGGGAGUCCUGAGGAAGCUGUUGGGCAAUUGGGCUUCAUACCGACGCAUAACCUUGCCCACGCUUGCGUAACUCUCAGUACGUACGUAACUUGACACACGUCUGUUAGUCUUCAACCUGAUGAAUAGUGUUGAGUAAGCAACAAGAACCGUUGCAACCGAGUGCCGCCUUGCUUGCGCGGCUUCGGCUUCUCAGUUUGGCUUCAUUGGAACCAUCAUUGACUGCGACUCCGAGGCGGCGAGCGAUGUUCACACACUCCGAACUCCUCGCAUCCUGGCAAUAUUCGUCUGGAAUAUCAAUGAUGCGUCGUAGUACGCGCGCGGGACUCGCACGUCCUUCGCCGUUAUAUAGUUCGCAAUCGUUGCCGCAUUACUCCAGCAUACCGGACUCGUACACCGCUGUUUUCUACGAUUCC